ACCGGCCGUCUAUAUAUGAACUUCCCACCCCACACCUCUCCCUUCGAUUCUCCCUCCCCACUCGUCUCCUUCCUCCUCUCUCGCGCUCACUCUCCCCGCAACCAAUAUAUUCGCUUCGAUCUCACCGAGAAACCUUAGAUUCCCGUCUCCGCUCCCGAUCGAUCUGAUCAAAGCUCGAAACCCUCGUCUUUACCGAGCCCUAAUCGCGGGGGCCUUCGAUCCCUCCCCCGCCGCGUCCUGAUUCGGCGGAUUCCCUGCUCGAUCGGGGGGUAAUGGCGGUGAUCAACAUGGCCGUGAAGUAUAAGACGACAGUUAAGGAGCAUGGGAUACCCGGAGUGCUUAAGAUGAUGGAGGAUAGGUUUGCUUUUGUUCCUAAUGAUCCGAGAUCAGCAAUGAAGCUUAAAGUUGAUUUCCGAACUAUUAAAGGUCACAAGUUCAGUAAAGAUGGCUCUAAGCAAGCAUUACUCAAUCUUACACAGGAUGCUGAAAAGGGAGUAGGCUACAUUUUUGAGUUCGACAAUUUUUCUGACCGUAAUGUUUGCCGAGAUUUUGUAGGAAAAGUUCUAGGAAAAUUUCAGUCCGUCACACCUUCAAAACCAAACGAGCAAUCUGUACCUGAAAAGCCUGCUGCUUUAUCUCAUGUUGAACAACUUAGCACCGUAGAAAUGGAGCGCCGGAUGAAGUUGUUGCGAGAAGAUAGUGAAUUGCAGAAAUUGCACAAGCAAUUUGUUAUUAGCGGCGUGCUAACAGAGUCUGAGUUUUGGGCCACAAGGAAGAGUUUACUUGAUGACGACGAGAAUAAAGCAUCAAAGCAGCAGGCAGGGUUUAAAAGUGCUAUGCUUGCAGAUGUCAGGCCCUCAACAGAUGGUCGGACUAAUAAAGUCACAUUUAGCCUGACCCCAGAGAUUAUUCAUCAGAUUUUUGCUGAAAAACCUGCUGUUCAUCGUGCAUUUUUAAAUUUCGUUCCUACCAAGAUGACAGAGAAGGAUUUUUGGACCAAAUAUUGUAGAGCUGAAUACCUCCACAGGACAAAAAAUUCUGUUGCUGCUGCGGCAGAGGCAGCUGAAGAUGAGGAACUUGCCGUCUUUCUGAAGCAUGACGAUAUACUAGCAAAUGAAGCUCGUUGUAAGAUCAGACGGGUUGAUCCGACCUUAGAUAUGGAAGCUGAUGUAGGAGAUGAUUAUAUCCAUCUUCCGGAUCAUGGGAUCUUUCGUGACGGAAGCAAGGAGACUAUGGAUGCUGAUUAUGAGAUAGCUAGGAGGACCCUCUCUCAGGAUCUUAACCGCCAUGCAGCUGUUGUUCUUGAAGGAAGGGCGUUAGACGUGGAGUUGGGCGACACACGAACUGUAGCUGAAGCACUAGCCAGGUCUAAACAAGAGUCAUCCUCUGAUUUGCCGGAUGAGAAUGUCAACAUGGAACGACUGGCAAAGGUUUCUCGUAUGACCGAGAUUGAUGACCUUCAGGCUCCGCGAAGCCUCCCAUAUGCACCUCUCUGUAUUAAGGACCCCCGUGAGUAUUUUGAUUCUCAGCAUGCCAAUGCACUUAAAGCUCUAGGCGAUAGUGGUGGAAUGAAGUCUAUAAAUUGCAACAUGAGCACUGAGGAGGUGUACCUUUACUUGCGGAGGCAGAUAUCUGAGGUCAAAACUCGAGGAUUAGAAAUUCCAGUUAUUCAACCUGAAGCAGCUCUUAAGGUUCUUGAUGGGUUGAAUCAACAUCUUUCGAGUACCAGAUAUCAUCUUGGAAAGAAUCCGCAGGAGAGCGUCCUUGAUAGGCUACCUCAUCGAACUAGAGAUGAACUUAUGCAUCAUUGGAUGUCCAUUCAGGAAUUGCUGCAACAUUUUUGGUCAUCAUAUCCAAUUACAACUGCUUACCUAUAUAAUAAGGUCCUAAGGUUGAAGGAUGCUAUGUCUCAGAUAUAUCAAAAGCUACAGGAAAUUAAGGAAUCUGUGCAGUCAGAUUUCAGGCAUCAAGUGUCUCUCUUUGUUCAGCCAAUGCUACAGGCAUUGGAUGCGGCCUUUGCUCACUACGAUGCCGAACAGCAGAAGAAAUCAGCGAAGAGCGGGAGCAAACAGAACGGAAUACUGGAAACAGGGAUUGGUAAGAUCAGCAGAAGCCUAGCAAACUCGUAGCUAUGUUGUAUUAAUUGGGGUGAUGGAUCACUUUUAUCUUUGAUGAGAGCUGUCCGUAGUAUACUUAAGCGGGCGCACGCGAGCAAGUGUUUAUUUAUUGAAGCGAAUUAUGCUAAAUUUUGGUCAGAAAUUAUACGGUUUUAUUUCUCAAAUUUGAGAAAUUAUUACACGGUUUGAUACCGCUUUUAUUUCUCUUUUUGUUGAAUUGAUCCUGAAUUAGCUAUACGGCAUUUUUUUCGAA